AUGAGAGGAUUAUAGGAAAAGCAACAAUAAAAAAAUAUGUUUACUGAAUAAUAAUACGAAAAACAAAAUACCAAUCAAAAAUACAAUAAUAGUCCAAACAAUGUCAACAAUACUUAGCUUAUAGAAUUGUCCAAUUUAAAAACUCUUCAGUAAGAUGGAUUGUUACAAACGCAAUAUAACGCAGUUAGGAUGAAUUCUAUGGGAGAAGUUAAAUACCAUUCCUAACAAUGA